AUGUCUUCUUACCAAACAUCACGAAUAUUCGUUGUUGGCGGGACGGGUGCUCAAGGCAUUCCAGUGGUGAGAGGCCUUGUGAAAGACAAAAAGUACUUCUGUCGAAUUCUCACCAGAGAUGGGAAGUCUGCUCGAGCUCAGCAGCUGCUCGCCUUGGGUAACGUCGAACUCGUUGAAGGCACCUUCGCUUCAGAGCAAGAUCUGAGAAAUGGCUUCCGAGGCUGCGAUGGGGCCUUUGUCAAUAUCGACGGCUUCAACUGCGGCGAAAAGACCGAGAUCUACUGGACUAUCCGAGCAUACGAGCUCGCAAUCGAGGAAGGCAUCAAGUUCUACGUCCACGGCAACCUCGAUUACGUCUACAAGAAAAGCGGCUUCGACCCCAAAUUCCGAACAGGCCACUACGAUGCCAAAGGCCGUAUGUCUGAGUGGCUCUUGGAGCAGAACAAGCAGAACGGCAAUCGGAUGGGAGCUGCUUCGUUCACCACUGGCCCAUAUAUCGAGAUGAGCAUCUCUUCCAACACAAUGUUCACCCCCAGCAUCGAGAAUGGCACCGCAACAUGGCGCGUUCCACUUGGCGAGCACGGCGGAGGCGUCGUCCACGUCGCCCUCGACGAUUGCGAGUACUACGUCAGAUGGAUGUUCGACAACCCAGAUCGCAUUGCGGGACAAGACCUGGAAGUCGCCAUCGACCACAUCAGCUACCAUGACCUAGCAAAGGCCUUCACGAAAGUCACUGGUCACCCUGCUCAAUAUAUCGACACGACCUUGGAAGACUUCUGGGCCACUGGUCCUAUGGCUCCAAUCGCCGAUCAGCCGUGUGGAUAUAACAACGACAAGAAUGAUCCAGCAACCUUCACGAACAGGCUGAACUUCACAGGAUUUCUCAACAUGUGGAAGUACUCACACGGAAACGACGAGAAAGCAAUCAUCAAGCGAGACUACAAGUUGCUGGACGAGAUCUUCCCCAGCCGGAUCAAGACUGCUGAGGAGUGGUUCCGGAGGGAAGAUGCAAAGGGACGGGAGCAAGGAAAGGGAGACCUCUGGCAAAGGGUGCAGAGAGAAAACCUCAAGCCGAUCUUGAAGAUCGCAGAGGAUAAACGACGAGGAAGAUUGUGA